AGCCCCCAGUGGGGAAGGUGAAUUACAAAGCCGUGAAUGAGAGGCUGGAGAUCCUCACCUGCCAGGCCUUUGGCUUCUACCCCAAGGAGAUCCAGGCCACCUGGAGGAGGGACGGAGAGAUCUGGGAACAGGAGACCUUCCAUAGGAAAGUGGCCCCCAACUCAGAUGGGACCUAUUAUCUCUGGCUCAGCAUUGAGAUCAACCCCAUGGAGAGGGACCGUUUUCGGUGUCACCUGGAGCACAAGGGCUUGCAGGAGCCCCUGGACUUGGCCUUCAAGGAGGAAAGAGGGUGGCUGAUUCCUGUGGUAAUUGUAGCAUGCUUACUCCCAAUAGCUGCGAUUCUCUUCCUGAUAUGCUUGUUUGGGAGAAGACGCGGAAAUAACCACUAUCAGGAAGUGGCAAGCUGCCAUGAUCAGGCUCCUUCACACAGAGGUCCUUCUCCCCCUGAGAAUGAAACAGAAGAUGAGAUUCGAUCUCCCUUGUUGCCUCAGUCAACAUCAGAGCACAAGGCAUCCUACGGAUUGCACAGGAGUCGGAGUGAUCCCGGAGCCUCAGUGUCCCCAUUGUGCAGGCAAGAAAAGCGGAAUGCAAAGUGGAAAACGUGGCAUGGGAGCCAGCCAAGCGCAUCCGUGAACCCCAACUGGCAGUCAGAGGACAUGAUGAAAAGUCCUUACUCUCACAAUAUAGGGAUAGACCCAACCAUCGUUUCACCUGGGAAACUGUGAGCAAGCCAAAUCCAGAAAACAGUAGAGAAUUCCUGGAGGCUUGGCACUUACAGUGGACUAAUUGGCCAUCAA